AUGGCGAAAAAAUCAAGCUCAGAUAGUUCGAAGAAGAAGAAAAGUAAGAGCAAGAUUAAGAGCAAGUUAAGCGUUCUCAAUUCAGAGGCAAAGAAAAACAAAGCACCCAAAGAUAAUCCAUUCGAGAGCAUUUGGUCUCGGCGCAAGUUUAAUAUCUUGGGCAAGAAACGUAAGGACGAAGAACGCCGCCGUAUUGGGCUCUCUCGCUCACUCGCCAUUCAAAAGAGGCAAAAGACACUGCUAAAAGAAUAUGAACAGAGCGCAAAAUCUUCUGUCUUUGUUGAUAAGCGUAUUGGAGAGCAAAAUGAGGGACUUGGGGAGUUUGACAAGGCAAUUCUGAGGUCCCAACGCGAACGACAGUUAACCCUGAAGAAGAAAAGUAAGUAUAAUUUAUCUGAUGGGGAGGAAGAUGACUUUGAGAUUCCAGAUGAUGGGUACUUUCGGGAAAGGGACGAUUUUGAAGAUGAUGUACCUUUGGAUGAGGAUGAUGCUGGCCAAUCAAUUGGAUAUCCAAAAAAAUUAAAUCUGGAUACCCGUGAAGCUGAAGAUGGUUCAGGAUCAAGAACAGUUGAAGAAAAGGAAGAUAGGCCUAAGAGCAAGAAAGAAGUAAUGGAGGAUAUCAUCUCCAAAAGCAAGUUCUUCAAGGCUCAAAAAGCAAAGGAUAAGGAAGAAAACGAGCAGUUUAUUGAACAACUGGACAAGGAUUUUGCAUCUUUAGUACAGUCUGAGGCCCUCUUGUCCUUGACUCAGCCAAAUAAAAUGAAAGCCCUCAAGGCCCUUGUAAACAACAGCAUAUCAAUCGAUAAUGCGAAAAAAGAGGAGAUUGAUAAUGCUCAGAAGAAAGUUUCCUUUCAGCAGGAGAAACCCGAUCAAUAUGACAAGCUAGUUGGUGAAAUGGCACUUGACAUGCGGGCUCGGCCAUCGGAUAGGUCUAAGACACCUGAAGAAUUAGCUCAAGAGGAGAAAGAGCGUCUAGAGAAGUUGGAGGAAGAACGUCAGAAGAGAAUGGCUGUGGGCCAUGAUUCCAGUAAUGAAGAUGCAUCUGAGGAUGACGAUGAUGAAUCUGCAAAGCAGCGUACACAUAUAUCUGGGGAUGAUCUAGGUGAUUCAUUCUCUCACAAUGCCAAGGUGAAAACUAAAGCUAUCUGGAUCGAUGACAUUCUCAGAAAAGAAAAUGAUAACGAUAUCGAAAGUGAAGGUGCAGCUGAUUCUGGCGAAUCAGAAAACGAAGACAACGCUGCUGCUGAUGCUGCUGCUGCUGCUGCUGAUGAUGAUGAUGAUGAUGAUGAUGAUGAUGAUGACGACGACGAUGAUGAUGAGGAUGACCAUAGUGAAGAUGAGAAGCCUCAGUCUCUAAAGGACUGGGAACAAAGUGACGAUGAAAACAUUGAAGCUAAUUUGGAUGAUGAGGAUGAGGAUGAGGAUGAGGAUGAGGAUGAGGAUGAGGAUGAGGAUGAAGAUGGUGAUGGAGGUGAAGGGGGUGACAUGAUGAAAAAGAAAUAUAAAAAGAUAACGGAAAGUAGGGUUAAACAGAAAGAUGGUGAAAUUUCUGACAAUGCAAAAACUAACGCUAGCGAGGAACCACUUAAAAAAGUGGAGCUUCCGUACACGAUUGAGGCACCAAAGAGUUUUGAAGAAUUUAGUGCAUUGGUAGAGAAUUGUUCCAAUGAUCAGAUUUUGGAAGCUAUUAGACGAAUCCGGACGUUUAAUGCCAUCUCCAUUGCUGCAGAGAAUAGGAAAAAAAUUCAGGUGUUCUACGGGGUGUUGCUGCAAUAUUUUGCUGUUUUGGCGAAUAAAAAACCAUUGAAUUUCGAAUUGCUUAAUUUGCUCACUAAGCCUUUGAUGGAAAUGAGUGCUGAGAUCCCAUAUUUUGCAGCCAUAUGUGCUCGUCAGAGGUUGCUUCGUACACGAACUCAGUUCUGCGAGGAUAUUAAGAAUACAGGGGAAAGCUGUUGGCCUUCCCUGAAGACACUUUUUUUAUUGAGGCUUUGGUCGAUGAUUUUCCCAUGUUCUGAUUUUCGUCAUGCUGUAAUGACACCUGCUAUUUUGUUGAUGUCUGAAUACCUCAUAAGGUGUCCGAUUAUUUCGGGCCGGGAUAUUGCAAUCGGUUCCUUCUUGUGUUCCAUGGUGCUUUCUGUCUGUAGUCAAUCCCAGAAGUUCUGUCCCGAAGCCAUCACAUUUAUACAAACGAUGUUAAUGGCAGCUGUGAGUAAUAAACAAAGAUACAAAACAUCUCAGUUAUAUCAUCUUAUGGAGUUAAAGACGCUAAGUCCCCUACUCCAUAUGGAAGGCCGUAUUGAAGAGAUUAAUUCCUUAGAUUUUCUAGCAAUAAUGGACUUGCCAGCCGAUUCUCCUUAUUUUACAUCGGAUGAUUUCAGGGCCAGCAUCCUUUUUGCAAUUAUUGGAAAUCUCAAAGGAUUUAUCAAAAUUUACGAGGGAUUCAAAUCCUUCCCCGAGAUAUUCCUGCCGAUUUCAGAAAUAUUAAACGGGCUGUCAGAAGAAGAUCUUUUACCCGAUCAAUUGAAGGCCGAAAUCAAAGACAUUACCCAACUUAUCGAGAAAAAAUCCGAAGAACACCACUUAUUACGACAGCCAUUGAGAAUCCGAAAGCAAAAAGUUAUCAAAACAGCAAUCCCAAAGUUUGAGGACAAUUUUGUUAAGGGGAGGGAUUAUGAUCCUGACAGAGAGCGAGCCGAGAUAAAAAAGCUGAAGAGAAAAUUGAAACAGGAAGCUAAGGGGGCCAUGCGUGAAUUGAGAAAGGAUAAUUAUUUCUUGUUGGAGGUUAAAGAUAGGGACAAAGCGCGAAUGGAGGAAGAAAAAUCUGAGAAGCUCGGUAAAUUUAGAGCUUUUCUUCAAGAACAGGAGCAUGCUUUUAAAUCUGGGCAACUCGGGAAAGGAAAAGGCAGGAAGAGAAGGAGAUAA